UGUCGCCAGAACCAGAACCAGAACCAGAACCGCGCCGGCUGUCCACUGGGACUCGAUCGCAGGCUGCGCAGCAACAGACGUUGCGUCCGAGGAGUGUCUCCUCCAACGGACGGCCCCCUCCGAAAGUCAGCUCGGGUUUCCCAAAAGGCAUAAAGUGCACGGAAGGCAGCGGCGGAGCGAGCACACAGGUGCGGGCCGGGAAUGGGUCAGGACCAGGAGGAGUUUGCACUCUCGUAAGCCUGCGCGGUGGAAUCUGCUCUCCCUGAGCUUUCGGUCGUCGCGUUCUAAGUUGAAUGCAAAUAGCGUCAUGUUUAGCAGAGCAACGUGUCUGCUCCACGUCGUGGUGUCGCUCUCCAAACUGGUUCGCUGCACGGAAAGCGAACUUUGCUUCCCGGUCAUAUUGGACACCCAACAGCAGCGUAACGACCACGACGCGGAGACUCUCAGAAUUCGCGCUUUCCACCAGGAACUCGACGUGGAUUUACGGCAAGACUCCAACUUCAUUGGGCCGUCCGCACCCUGGCUCUCCGGCACGGACCUGAGUCGUUGUUUCUACUCCGGCUAUGUGAACGGUGACCGCGACUCGUACGCGGCCUUGAGCCUGUGCAAGGGCGUGCAAGGUGCACUUGGCUACCGAGGCUGGGAGUAUUUCAUCAGCCCGGUGCACGAUGACACGUCGGGCGCGGGCGGCGCGCACGUCAUCCGGCGCAGAAACGGCGGCGACCUCCGGCCAAAUUCCCCUUCCAGGUGCGCGGUCGACAAUGACGUAAGCCUUCACCUCGCACACUUGUCGGGGAAGCGCAAGGGCAACGUGACCACGACCACGCUGAGGGCGAUGGGGAGACGCAAACGUUUUGCGUCGGUUCCCAGGUACGUGGAGACGCUGCUGGUGGCGGACCAGACGAUGGCCGAGUUCCACGGCGACGACCUUAAACAUUACCUCUUGACGCUCAUGGCGGUGGCGGCCCGGCUCUACAAGCACCCGAGUAUCCUCAACUCCAUCAACGUCGUGGUUGUGAAGAUCGUGGUUCUGUCCGAGGUGGACAAAGGACCCAAAGUGUCCGGGAACGCCGCCGUGACGCUUCGGAAUUUUUGCACUUGGCAAAAAAAGAUGAACAAGAACAGCGACAAGCAUGCAGAAUAUUGGGACACGGCGAUCCUCUUCACGAGACAGGACCUGUGUGGGGCUUCCACAUGCGACACCCUCGGAAUGGCCGAUGUUGGCACCAUGUGCGACCCCAAGAGGAGCUGCUCCGUGAUCGAAGACGACGGAUUACCCUCGGCCUUCACCACAGCUCACGAGCUCGGACACGUCUUCAACAUGCCGCACGACAACGUGAAGGCCUGCGAGGAUGUUUUUGGCAAACUGCAGGACAAUCACAUGAUGUCUCCCACUCUCAUUCAAAUUAAUCGCACCAGCCCGUGGUCGCCCUGCAGCGCUGCCAUCAUCACUGAGUUUCUGGACAAUGGACACGGGGAAUGUUUGCUGGACCAGCCCCAGAAACCAUUAAGCCUCCCUAACGCGCUUCCCGGAGUAUCCUACAUCCUUGAGCGUCAGUGUGAGCUGGCCUUCGGUGAGGGUUCCAAGCCCUGUCCCUUCAUGCAGCCGCCGUGCAUUCGCCUGUGGUGCACAGGCAAGUCCAACGGCCAGUUGGUGUGUAUGACUCGCCACUUCCCCUGGGCGGACGGCACCCACUGCGGAGAUGGCAAAGUUUGCGACAGAGGCAUUUGCUCUCCCAAAGAGGACCAAACUUUCAAAGUUGACGGUCGCUGGGGUAAGUGGGGUUUAUUUGGUCUGUGCUCCCGAACAUGUGGAGGAGGUGUCCAACUGGCCAAAAGGGAGUGCAACAACCCAUUUCCCUCAAACGGGGGGAAAUACUGCCAAGGGGUUCGGGUCAAAUACCGCUCCUGCAGCCUGAACCGCUGCCCUGAUGCAGGUAAGACUUACCGCAAAGAGCAGUGUGAAUCCAGUGGCCGCAGUUUCAGCAGUAACCAUAUCGCCCCCUCUGUGGUGUGGGUGCCCAAGUACUCUGGAGUAAGUGUUGAGGACAGAUGUAAACUCAUCUGCAGGGCGAACGGAACCGGUUACUUCUAUGUCAUGGCACCGAAGGUUGUGGAUGGAACCCCAUGCUCUCCAGACUCUACAGGAGUGUGCGUUCAAGGAAAAUGCAUCAAGGCUGGGUGUGAUGGAAAGAUUGGAUCAUCCAAGAAGUUUAACAAGUGUGGAGUCUGCGGCGGUGAUAACAAAAGCUGCAAGAAGGUCUCGGGACUCUUCACCAAGCCUAUGCAUGGCUACAACUUUGUGCUGAUGUUGCCAGUGGGUGCAACCAACAUAGACAUCCGCCAGCGCGGCUACCAAGGAAUGCUGGGUGACGACAAUUACUUGGCGGUAAAGAACAGCGAGGGUCAGUACCUUCUUAAUGGCGACUACGUGGUGUCAUCUGGCGAGAGAGACAUCAUCGUUAAGGGCAGUCUGCUGCGCUACAGCGGCACCACCGGCCUCUCUGAGACCCUCCAGUCUGUAAAUCCCUUGGGGGAGACACUCACUGUGGAAGUGCUGUGUGCUGGCAAUUUGACGCCCCCUCGCAUACGCUACUCCUUCUACCUGGCCCGUCAGAACAACAAAGAAGACAAGACUCUGAAGAAGGAGGACCGUGAAAAAUCCCACAACAGUGUUCUGGCUCAUGAUAGCGUCAAGGAGAAGGGUGCAGCAACCUUGAAGAAACCUUACAGCAAAGAGGAGCCCCUCGUUGAGAAAUGGACAUCCGCAAGCUGGGACGUGUGCUCGGUGAGCUGCGGGAACGGUUUCCAAAGGCGAAUGGUGCAAUGUUUGAGGACGGACGGCAAGCCGGGCUUGAAAUGCGAUCCUACCAAAAGACCGUCAGCCACCAGAGCCUGCGGAGACCCUUGUCCAGAGUGGAACACCGGACAGUGGUCUCCGUGUUCCACCACCUGCGGGAAAGGCUUUAAGAGACGACCGCUGCACUGCAAAGCCCAAACGGGACACUUGCUUCCCAGGGACCACUGCAGUGGCUUACGCAAACCACAGGAGCUGGACUUCUGUAAACUAAAGCCUUGCUAGGGACUUGAAAUCCUUUAUUAUGACUGAACUUAAUCCAACAGCACAUUUCCACACACUCUCUCCUGCAAUCACAAGACACUUGCAGAGAAGACCAAAAAAUGGAUGGCGCAAUAUAUUUUCCCCACCAUUUAAACUAAACCACCUGACAGAAGAACAACACUCUACGACAUUACUCUGAAGCUAAAUCAAAGGUUCCAUCACUUUAACUGUCAGCUAAGAGUUGACAUGUAUAUUAGUACGCAAUUUAUCUUACUGAUGAGUCUGGAAGGCAUUUUUAUGCCCUAUUUUUUAAAUGAUUGUUUUUAUGGUCUUGUUAAGAGAUUUUUUGUUUGUAGCCUGCCGGGUGCUUGAAAACAAUGCCAAAGGACCUUUUCCAUUCUCCAGAUUAAUCCUGCAAUCGAUUUGUAUCUCUAAAACAAAUCUUUCUUUUACAAUUUCAUAAGUCACAUUGGUUAAAUGACUACAUUUACCCUCUCCCGCAUCAUAAAAAGAAAGCCACAGACAAUACUAAAAUACAUGAUACAGUAGAAAUACAUUUUCUCAGAAUUUUCUGCCCAACUUAUUCAACAUCAAUCACUGCCGAAGAUGCGACACCGCUCUUUCUGUGCGCUCCUUAAACUCUAUUAUAUUCUUGUUAUGAACUAAAAGGGCCCACAAUGUCCAAUACAACAUCCCGCCCCAGGAUGGAUCCUUUUAUAGUCAGACUUCUAUUUCUGUUUUUGAUUUUAUCGACUUUUGCACUUUGUACAGCAAAAGACUCAGAUGACUUAUACGGGCUGUACUGUAUACUAUGUAUACAUUUAUUCAGCUCUGUGCAAAAUUCCAUGUAAAUACUUUUAAAACAUGUUUUUUACACACAACUGAAAUGUCUGAAUAUAUUUAUUCCAAAUAAAGCCUUGAAUGCA